CUGCGACAUCGUGGCCUGCCUCGUGCGGGAAUGGUCGCAGACAGCCCGACGGGUAUACCGAGACAGCGCCGCAACUCAACCCUGUCGGAUUCGGUAUCCGAGGCACGCAAUUCCAUCCGGUCGUCCACGGAUGACUUGUUCUUUCCACGAGUUACCAGACAGGCGGAUACGCAUGUCCCAGAUGAGGAAUCGCAUUGGCAUUCGGCGCCCCUGGCCAUGGCGCUGUUGCCCGCCAUCGCGGGUCUCUUCUUCCAGAAUGGCAGUGCGGUCAUCACCGACGUGACCUUGUUAGCCUUGGCGGCAAUUUUCUUAAACUGGUCCGUCCGGCUGCCAUGGGACUGGUAUCGUUCGGCCCAAGCUAUACGCGUGCAGGAUAGCAAGGCCGCUUACGAUGUACUGGAGGAGGAAGGCGAAGAUGACCAAGAUGACCAUAACGACUCAUCAAACAUAAGCCAAGAGCCUAAAACCAAAGAAUCCAGACAAUGUCGAGAAAUGUCGGCUGCAGCAGUGGCCGCUACGCGGGAGCUACAGACCCAUGAACUGGUCGCUCUAGCCUCGUGCUUUGUCUUCCCAAUGAUCGGGACCUGGGUCCUGCAUACUAUCCGGUCGAAGCUUUCCAGGCCAUCGGAAGGCCUGGUGUCAAACUACAACCUGACCAUCUUCCUGUUGGCCUCGGAGAUCCGGCCGUUUUCACACCUGCUGAAAAUGGUCCAAGCGCGGACGCUCUAUCUCCAGAAAGUCGUGGCCUCUGCCCCGUCCGAAGAGGACAAGCUAGACGCGAGCAAGAUUCCAGACCUCGCCCGACGACUCGAGGAGCUCGAGGCCCAUGUGGCAGAGGCUGCGGCCGCGCGGCUCUCGCAGGACCAGGAACACGAACCUGCGCCCCCCCUCCCAUCAAUUAUCUCGCAAGCGACCUCAGAAGUCCGCAAGGGCCUCCAGCCGGAAAUCGACGCCCUGAACCGCGCAGUGAGGCGCUACGAGAAACGCACCGCGCUGACAUCCUUCCAGACAGACAGCCGCUUCCAGCGGCUCGAAGCGCAGGUCCAGGACGCGCUCGCCCUGGCAGCGUCCGCGCAGCGGUCAAACCUCCGCCAGCGGCACAGCUACACGUUCAAACUCCUCGACUCGCUGUGCGCCGUCGUCGUCCUCCCC